ACACGAGGGGGUACGGUGCACCGCUUCCGCGCCUCGCCAGAUGCAGCCGCUCGCCGCUACUGUUGUGCUUAACGCUGAGUUAUAGCGCUUAUACAUUAAAACCAACUCCGGAUCAGGAUGGAGUGUUUGAAAUUGAAGGACCUGGGAAUGCGAAUAGGAAAGUGCGAUGUCACCCCGAACACAGUCAACGAUGAAGCCCACAGUGCACAGAAGGAAAACUGGUACAGAAGUUCGCCCAAGACCCCAGUGAAGACUGAGCUGGCACCCAGGCGCAAGCGCUGCACCCCAGAUCGGACCCAGGUGACGCCCAGCAAGCUUCCCGACAAGUCACCUUCUGAGCCCUGGUCGCCCACGGCGAACCUGAGGAUGCUGAUCAGUGUGGCCAGCCCGGAGAUCCGUGACCGGGAGAAGAAGAAGGAACUCUUCAGGCAGAUUGAAAACGAGAGGGUGGAAAGUGCUGGCGAUGUUAAUCAGCUUGCAGCUGUCGAUGACGGGGCCACAGAUGAAUUUGAGCAGCAACGUCCCAGCAGGAAGCAGAAAAGUCUGGGGCUUCUGUGCCAGAAAUUCCUCGCCCGCUAUCCCAAUUAUCCCAUUUCCACUGAGAAAACAGAAAUUUCCCUGGAUGAAGUGGCCACUGAGCUUGGUGUGGAGCGCAGGCGUAUCUAUGACAUUGUGAACGUCUUGGAGUCUCUCCAACUGGUCAGCCGCGUAGCAAAGAACCAGUACUCCUGGCAUGGACUCCUGGGACUCGGGCAGACACUGGCCGUCCUGAAGCGGAGGGGAGAGCAGCUCGGUUACGUGGAGCAGCUGGCUCACGUCCGUCACCGGGACUUGGAGCUGGAGCUCGACGCAGACGGGGAGGAGAGGAGGGAUGCUCCCCAGGAGAACUGGGCAGGCUGCCAGGAACCGGCUGGGGAUUCACCAUCUCCCGAGCCCAAGAGUAAAUCAGUGUCCAUGAACAGCAGGAAGGACAAGUCCCUCCGCAUCAUGAGUGAGAAAUUUGUGAUGCUCUUUCUCGUCGCUGAGCCCAGAACGAUCGCCCUCGACGCAGCCGCCAAGAUUCUCAUUGAGGAAGGUCAGCCGGAGGUUGUGGACAGCAGCAAGUUCAAGACAAAGAUCCGCAGGCUCUACGACAUCGCCAACGUACUGACUAGUUUGGGACUCAUCAAGAAGGUCCACAUGAAUGAACGAGGCCGGAAGCCAGUGUUCCAGUGGGUGGGGCCAGUCUGCCAAGACCAGCCUGAUGCAAGAGCGCUGGAUGCAGUGGACUCCUCCGGUAAAAUGGCACAGCUUGUUGCAGCUUGUAAGCUGCAGUUUGAAGAAGACAAUAAGAACUCUGAGUCCCGCCCAAGGGGUGGAGUUAGCCAACCAGAGACCGCUCCCUUGCUGGUUGCCUCUUCCGUUGCCUCCCUCGCAAAGCUCCCAGCCCUGUCUGACCAACUGUGGGCUUCCCGCCUUCCCGCGAAGGGUUCCGCCGUGCCCCAGGCCACUGCACCUGGCUCGGGCGAAGGCUGCUCCAUUUUCCACAGGGGCCAGCCCUUCGUCCUGCUACAGGGCCUGCCCUCGACUCCCGUCCUCGUGAUGUACGGCAACAUGGAUGCUAGCACGGAGCCCUGGCCGUCUGAACGAAAAGGGGUAUCGCCGCUCGGGUGCAGGGAGCAGAAGGCUGGAGUUUGCCGUAAGCGCAGUCCUGCACAACAGCACUCAGCCCCUUACGGGCAAGGGCAAGACAGUGAACCGUACACAAAACGGCAGAAAGCUCUCGGUUCCGUUGAGUGUGAAUCAGCCGGGAGCUUAGCUUCAGUACAAUCUGCAGACAAGGAGCCAUCACUCCAGCACAGAGUUCUGGACGGUAGUUCGGAGUGCUCCAUCGUGGUUACUGGGACCUUCACACAGUCCCCAACUCGUGGACCGGCAGUCUCGAUGGGAGCACAGGAGGAGGAGAAACCGAAUCACUCGAGGACGCUGGAGAAUGGUUCCGCAGAACUGCCCUCAGCAAUGCCUCGAGUGAACAACAGGAUUCAGGAGCAGCCUCCAUCCUCCCGCGUUCCCAAGUCAUUUCUCCCCGGCGGUCAAAGUGGUUUACCCGAAAACAGCCCCUGCUACUGCCUGCCCGCUGCCUCUGGACUGAGCGACAUGAACCUGCUUCUCUCCGCUGCCCCCGGACGGGGAGGAUUCACCAUUCCCCUCGGGCACCUAGCGCCCACCACCCUCCCUUACCAUGUGAUGGUCCCUGUUCUGCUGCCCACCACCACUUCUGCGGGGGGCUCCCUCCUACCAGGCCUCAGCCUCCUCCCAGCUGCCCAGAUCUUGAUGGGGGGCGAUCCCAUUUCACCGCCAACCAGCCCUGCUGCCGGGUCGCCCACCCAGGAACGCCAGGGUUACUCGGCCACGUUCACUCCAUCCUCCAGGGAGAGUCCCCCUUCCAAGACGGAGGCCUCUGCGGUCCAACCUGUCACCGUCCUCAAGCUGCAGAACCAGUCUCCAGCAGCCGUGGCUCCCAGCGACGUUCAGCAGGCGUGUAUGGAGACCUAUUUCCACACACCUGUCCCUGUGCUACAGGCCAAACAGCUGCAAGGAGCGCAAGUCAAGACAGCGUCGCCCGCCCAGCGCAAGUUGGAAAUUGAGAACAGUCUCGCCAAGUAAAUUCACCAAAUACGCCACCUCUCUCUUGUGGAGCUUCAUCAUUGGAGGAACGGUAUAUCACUGUGGUGUGGGGAUUAAAAUCCCCAGGCAUUACUCAGUUUGCCCUGCCAUUCUCCAGUCCGCUGACUCCACACUAAACCAUUGAUCGCAUGCGUUGGUCGGUGAAUAACUGUGAAAUAAGGAAGGCGUCACUAAGAAUUUUUAAACAUUGUUUUCUUCCCGCAGUUUAUUGAGGGAGCUUUUAUCAUAACGCUAUGAUUUACAUUUUAAUAUAUUGAAGGUUGCUGGAAAUAUUUCCAGUGGCAAAUUGGAGCCGUCUUCCCCUCUGGGUACCAAAAAGAACUUGAAACCUCCCUUGAGUGCAGAAGGUCGAGGGCUCCAAGGUCAGGGAAUGUUCAAUCAACCGCAACUGUUAUAAGUGUGUGUAGUGUUACCGAUUCUCCUGAGGUAAAUUUGCCUUUGCAUUGGAGGUUAGGAAUGUAGUGCUGUGACAUGCUGGGUCUUCAGAGAGAUGUCUCCCCUCUCUUGACUAAAAACAUCACAUAGGAAGAUCUGAGUGUUAUUAAUGUAAUCAUAAGGAUACCUCAGCUACAAAAGGAGGGGAUUUCCUCUUUUUUAUUUAUUAUUUAGCGAUAGCACUUCAAGCCAAGCAACCCCAGCUAACCCUAACCUAAUCAUGGGACAAUUUACAAUGACCAAUUAACCUACCGCACAGUUUUUGGGUGGUGGGGAGAAAACAGAGCACCUGGUGAACCCCACCCAUUCCACGGAGAGGAUGCGGAGACUCCUUACCAAGCGGUGCCGGAAU